UUCAGAAAAAAUCACACACAAACAGAAAAGAGAGAAGACUCACGGGCAAUACUAACAAGACCAAGGAAGUAAGAACAACUAAAAAGUGGAAAGUGCAUUAUAAACAAGGUUUUAAUAAGCAAAAAGUGCAUCAUCUCUUGUGGCUUAGAUUGUUUCCCUUAUUUUCUCUCUGUUCAGAAAUACCCGUGACUACUUUCUCUGUUUGUUGGUUCUCCAAAUCAGCAUCACUUUCCAACUAAACACACCACAAGUACAAACUAACUCUUUAUAUAAACCAUGAGAAGAGAGUUGCCACUUGAUCAAAUUCCCUCUUAACUCUCUUCCAUUCCUUCUCUCUCUCUCUCUCUCUCUCUCUCUCUCUCUCUCUCUCUCUCUCUCUCUCUCUCUCUCUCUCUCUCUCUCUCUCUCUCUCCUUCAAAAAUGUCUAAAAUCCAUAGAAUGUUAUAUUUCAUUGUCAUUCUUUUUCUCUUAAAUUGUGUCCAAACACUAAGCCAUACCAAGGGAAUUCGACCAAAAAAACCAACUUACAAGCCACUACCUUCGAAUAUGACUAAAACCCAAUUCUCAGAGCAGCAAUUCAUGAAGUGGAUCAAGUUUGUUGGUCACCUUAAACAUUCAAUUUUCAGAGCAGCAAAGAACAAGCUCUUCCCUUCUUUUACACUACAUGUAGCCAAGAAUCAGGCCGCCGGAGACUUCACCUCGAUUCAAGACGCCAUUGAUUCUCUUCCCUUCAUCAAUCUCGUCAGAGUAGUCAUUAAGGUCCAUGCAGGAGUUUACACGGAGAAAGUGAAUAUACCACAAUUUAAAUCGUUUAUUACCAUAGAAGGAGCAGGAGCAGACAAAACAAUUGUUCAAUGGGGAGACACUGCUCAAACACCAGGACCAAGAGGCCAGCCCAUGGGGACCUUUGCUUCUGCAACUUUUGCUGUCAAUUCUCCUUAUUUCAUUGCCAAAAACAUUACUUUCAAGAACACUACACCAGUGCCAGCACCAGGAGCCAUUGGGAAACAAGCAGUUGCAUUUAGAAUAUCGGCAGACACAGCAACCUUCUUGGGAUGCAAAUUCUUGGGAGCACAAGAUACCCUCUAUGAUCAAUUUGGCAGGCAUUACUACAAAGAUUGUUACAUAGAAGGCUCUGUCGACUUCAUCUUUGGAAAUGGCCUCUCUCUCUUUGAAGGUUGUCACGUGCACGCAGUGGCACUAUUGACUGGAGCUCUAACAGCUCAGGGAAGAAAGAGCAUAAUGGAAGACACGGGGUUCUCAUUCGUGAACUGUAGGGUCACGGGCUCAGGAGCUCUCUACCUUGGGAGAGCAUGGGGUCCUUUCUCUACUGUUGUCUUUGCUUAUACAUAUAUGGACAACAUUAUCAUUCCCAAGGGCUGGUAUAAUUGGGGUGACCCUAGUCGUGAAAUGACUGUGUUUUAUGGGCAAUACAAGUGCACAGGACCAGGAGCAGGGUAUGCAGGAAGAGUGGCAUGGUCAAGAGAGCUCACCGAGGAAGAAGCCAAGCCUUUUAUUACACUUAGCUUCAUCGAUGGCUCUGAAUGGAUCAAAUUGUAGUCAUCAUACCAAUUCAUAUACUAUUACUAAUAAUAAUAGUAGUUUAAAAAUAAUAAUAAUAAUAAUAAUAAUACAAAAAGUGUUUUCCAAAAUCGCCUCUCUACUCUAUUAUUGUUUUUUCCAUUACAAAUUUUGGUCGGUACAUAAUUGUUUGUUUUGUGCUCACUCACUAUCUUC